AUGAUGGCUGGGUCGUGCUGGCCUGAUCGUCGUCUGAGGAAUUGUUUGCCGGAGGAGCCAGAAGCGUCGAGGAAGCAGGAAGCCGGCGGAGGAGGCGGCGACGAUGGCCUGCUCCCGCACGAACUGCUUCUCCUUCUUUUCCACGGAGACCAGCAGCAGGGAAUUGGAAUCAGGCCAUGGGUAGCGGCUGCUCACCCUAAUGAGCCAAGCCUUGAGCCAAAAUGGACGACGGGCCCAAUAGUUUUGGGCCGAGAAGAAGAUUUUGGGCCAUCGUUAGGUCUGGCAGCAGCUGAGGGCAAAUGGCCAGGCUUGGGACAAGAUAUGAAGGUGGAAGAAAGUGUGCUUAUUGGGUUAGAAUGUGGGCUUCCAAGAGGGUUUAAUUCAGACCCACUUGGAGGAGGAUGGAGCCCAAAAGACUUGGCUUUCACCACCAAGACCACGGAGGAGUUUGUGAAGCAGUACAUUGAAGAUUUCAACGACGUUCGUGAUGAGAGUGUGCACAGGGAAUAA